AUGCUAUCCGUUAUAGCGACUCCGAAAAUAUGCGUUGUAAGCUCAACAAGAAGGUGUCUUUCACACACUGCAAGCAAACUGUAUGCGGAAGAAUAUAAGUCAACAGCAAUGUCUUCCAAUGCACCUUCCCUGACAAAAGAACAAGCUAAAAAGAGAGAGUUAAAAAGAUUGGCACAACGAAGAGCUGAAGCAAAGAGGCCCGCGGCAACAAAUCCAUUGUAUAUGCCUGUUACCGUGGCACUAAGAUAUUUGCGUGCAGCGGAAGUGGGCAGACCCCAAUCUCAACAAACAAUUAAUCUGACAACAUUGGUGGUGGGUGAAAGAGGUACAGCUCCUUUAUCUGGUAGCGUCGCGUUUCCCAAACCACUGAGAUAUAUCAAGGUUGCUGUCUUCACCAACGAUGAAAACAAAUUAAAAGAACUUCGUGAAAAAUAUCCAAAUCAUUUGAUUGGCGGGGCUGAUCUUGUUUCUAGGAUUAAGAAUGGUGAGAUUCCCGUUGAUUUUGACAAGGCAUAUGCUACAGCAGAUAUUGUUCCUGCUUUGCAAUCACAAGUUGCCAGAAUACUUGGCCCUCGUGGGGUUUUACCCUCCGUUAAGAAGGGCACAGUGAGCGACGAUAUAACUUCUUUACUCCAGGAAAGUCUAGGAUCUAUGCCUUUUAGACAACGAGGGAACUCGAUCAGUCUUGGGAUUGGGAAAUGCUAUUUCACUGAUCGAGAGGUCUUGCAGAACAUCAUAGCCGCGAGAGCUGCCUUUAAAGCUGCUGUAAGUGACCAAAAAUCAAAGAAACCGAACAUACUGAGUAAAACCACAUUAUCGAGCACACAUGGCCCCGGAAUUGUGAUUGAUUUUGCCUAG